CCUUGAGUUUCGCUCGUGUCAAAUGUAAUUGCCCAUUUUUAUUUCAUUAUGAUAAAUGCCUGUCUGUCACUAAAUAGAUUUUUGAGAUUGUACUGCUCCCCAGUGGGGAGAAAAAAACGUUCAAGAACGUUUGUAAAACCGUGUAGGUUCUUGAAUGCAGCCUAUGAGGCUGCAAUCACUCAUGUGACUGGUUCAGGCUUGUUUUGUGUUUAUCUAGCAACGUCAUUGUAAUCAGACACCAGACGAAGACGUUCCUGCAGAAGGUGAUUUCGUCACUUGGUCCAACAUUUAGAUUUAAAAAAUGGUGAAAGUAACAUUUAACUCGUCCUUUGGACAAAGGGAUUUGAAGAAAGCAUGCAAUGGCGAAGCGCUUAUUCCAGAUGAGAGGGUGAGUUGAGCUAAACCAAUGUGGUUAAUGUGUUUUUGCGACGGCUGUUCGAGGCAACAAACUUGGAUGACGCUACUUUGUAACCGUUUAAACAAUGUUUAAACAUAACUGAAACAAAGUAACGUCGAUUAGAAACAUGUCUCGACUCUUGAUAAUUCAACCCGUGACACUAGCGACGUCGGAAAAUGGCUGCUAGACAAAUCAUUUUCGACAGGCUGAGUUGUGUUCGCAAUUCCUGGCCUGGGCCAAACCGUGUUAGCGUUCUGUUUCGGUGUUGAUUUAGUAGAGGCCUGUAACUGAAAUACCUGAAGAUCACUCAGGUCGUUCUUCCUAUUCAUUCGAACAGUUUUUCCUGUUUGUUGGUGUGUUUUGUUGUGAUUCUGAAGAGUAAAAGGUAAACGUUUUUAUGUAGACCUCAUACACCACAAGGAAUUCUGAGUCUGGAUCUGAAUUGAUGAAAUUAGUGUCGAAGGUCGGUGUGUUGUCUUUCCUCCUCAGCUGAUAAAGCAAUGGGAGGGAGUUUUUGAUAACAACAUGCAUGCUGUGCACGGACACCUUUAUUUUUUAAUUAACCUAUCAACUGUCAGUGGGUAGAUGCUGUAUCCGCAAUAAGAAGCCUGUGAGUCCUAACUCUGUACCUGUACACAGCCCAUCUGAAAUUAGCCCACCCAACUACCUCAUCCCUAUAUUGUUAUUUAUUUUGCUCUUUUGCAGCCCAGUAUCUCUAUUUGCACAUAAUCUCUUGCACAUCUAGCAUUCCAGUGUUAAUACUAUUGUAAUUAUUCUGCACUAUAGCCUAUUUAUUGCCUUACCUCCAUAACUGCUACAUUUGCACACACUGUAUAUUAUUUUUGUUGUAUUUCUGACUUUAUGUUUUUUUUUUUACCCCAUAUGUAACUCUGUGUUGUUUUUAUUGCACUACUUUGCUUUAUCUUGGCCAGGUCGCAGUUGUAAAUGAGAACCUGUUCUCAACUGGCUUACCUGGUUAAAUAAAGGUGAAAUUAAAUAAAUAAAAUAAAAAUAACUCACCCCAAGAGCCUGGAUUCAUGUUUAUAAGUCUACGGUUGGUGCAGGGUAGUGACAACGUGUUAUAGGUCCCGGCCUACCAAUAAGAGCACAGUUAUUCAUUAAAUAAAUUACAAUUCAGUUUGAGUGCCUGUAAAGGUAUCUGGGUGGAUACAUGGUUCCAUUGGAAAUAGAAUAGAGGAGAGAUUACAAUUCUAUAGAGCAUUCAUUCACUAUAGAGAAUCUGAGUGAGUUGAGGAAAAAUAGCAGAGGAAUGCAGCAGCCAGGGACAGACCCGGGGAGAAAAUGCCACAGUAUAGAAAGACCUGGCCAUCAUGUCUGUGUCACCAGUAUGAGAGCAGUUUGGACAGUCAGACAGGUGAGAUUAAAUGCUAAUAUACUUGAUAAAGUGUCAGAGACUAGUGAAGGUCUCAGUGAUGUGACCAGACAGCAUGAUCCACAGAGACCAGCCACGAGCCACCUCCUUAGUCCUGACCUUUAGCCAUGUUAAUAAGAUAACCUGAAAUGACUAGAGAGUGAGACAAGCAUGGUCAUCAUUCAAUAGCCCCUGUAUCUGUUGCACAUUUUGGAGUAAUGCAAAUAUACACCUUGGUUUACCUCAAGCACGUCUCUAGUUGAGCUAGUUGGGACUGUAUCGACAGUGGACUAUUGGGGGGGGACACACAUUGUUUUUGAGUGGAGUUUCCCUUUAAAGCUCAGGUUCUAAAGCCUUUGUGGAAAGGGUCAUUGGACAUGGCUUGUCUACACUACAGAAACUGUUGUAGGUCUCAAACAUAUUGUUUCUCUAUCUUCCACUAUAGUACGAGCAUGGAAAUCUGUUUUGUUUUCCUCAUCUGAUCUCCAGGGAGAGAGAGCUGUUGACAUCCACUCUUUUGUUUCAAUACGAACCCCACCCCAACUCUGCAUAAACAACCAUCAAUGAGUUCAGGAAAAGGGCCUGCCACCAAAUUACGACAUGUGCCUCUGGGCUCCAUAAUAUUAAAGUGAGGGAGCAAAACAACAGAGAUGAUGGAGAGGGCUAAAAGAUAAGGCAGUCAAUUAAUAAUGGGUAGAAUGUCUUGAAGAAGUAGGUGAAGGGAUGAUGGAAAGGAGGUGAAAGGUCACAGAGAAGAGAGGGAGGGUUGGGGAGCAAGAGAAAGGGAGGAAGGAUUAGCUGUGUGUUUGAAUGGUAUGUUACAUAAGCAUCUCUACUGUCACUACUACCAUACUCCAACCUUGCCUGGGCGGCAGGUAGCUUAGUGGUUAAGAGCGUUUUGCUAACCAAAAGGUCGCUGGUUCUAAUCCCCGAGCCGACUAGGUGAAAAAUCUGUCUAUGUGCCCUUGAGCAAGGCACUUAACCCUAAUUACUCCUGUAAGUUGCUCUGGAUAAGAGCGUCUGCUAAAUGACUAAAAAAUGUAAUAAAUAAAAAAUCUAAAGAACACACCACAGCUGUAUUGUGACUGAGCAGCACUCUAUUUGAAUCAAACACCGUUUGGCUUUGUUGUGUUGGAGGGAUUUAUUUGAACAAUAAAGAGGAUUAUUGUGGUCCUCUGUAGCUCAAUUGGUAGAGCAUGGCGCUUGUAACGCCAGGGUAGUGGGUUCGAUCCCCGGGACCACCCAUACGUAAAAAUGUAUGCACACAUGACUGUAAGUCGCUUUGGAUAAAAGCGUCUGCUAAAUGGCUUAUUAUUAUUAUUAUUUAUAGAGGUCAGUUUUCUUGAUGGUAGCCAUGAUUCAUCCGGACUGAUAUAGCCUACUGUUCAUUGAGACAGGUUGAUGAACCAAUAUUAUGUAAUGGAACAAACAGGCAGACAUGCUGGUAUUGCGAGAGGCUGACCAGCUGUAUAUAGGCCCUACUCUGUAUGUUCUAGAGCAAGGUUUCCCAAACUCGGUCCUGGGGACCCCAAGGGGUGCAUGUUUGGGUUUUUGACAGCUGAUUUAAAAUAACCAACUCAUCAUCAAGCGUUGAUUAUUUGAAUCAACUGUGUAGUGUUAGGGCAAAAACCAAAACGUUCACCCCUUGGGGACCGAGUUUGGGAAACCCUGUUCUAGAGGACCACAAUGGAAAGAAGUCUCUUGACUUUUUUGUGUAUGUAUCCUCUGUCAUUUUAAUAUGUACUGUAUCUGAUUGGUGUAAUGUAUUUUAAAUGAUUAAAUCAAAUGUAUGUAAUGUUUUAGCUCUAUUUGUCUUCUCUUUCAGGACCUGGAGGAUGGCAUGCGGGUGCGUCGGCAGUCCAAGGUGUGGUGCUGGUGCAUGUGCCUGGGCCUGGCUCUCAUGCUGUCAGGUGUGGUGGUCGGAGGGGCCUACCUCUACAAGUCCUACAUACUGCAGGUGAGAAGGACUGUCGGUUAGACCCCUAUAAUGCCAUAGGCUCAACUAUAUACUGAACAAAAAUAUAAACGCAACAAUUUCAACGAUUUUACUGAGUUACAGUUCAUAUAAGGAAAUCAGUCAAUUUAAAUAAAUUCAUUAGGCCCUAAUCUGUGGUUUUCACAUGACUGGGCGGGCCAGGCCCAGCCAAUCAGAAUGAGUUUUUCCCCACAAAAUGGCUUUAUUACAGACAGAGAUACUCCUCAGUUUCAUCAGCUGUCCGGGCGGCUGGUCUCAGAUGAUCCCGCAGGUGAAGAAGCCGGAUGUGGAGGUCCUGGGCUGGCGUGGUUACACGUGGUCUGCGGUUGUCAUGCCAGUUGGACAUACUGCCAAAUUCUCUAAAAUGACGUUGAUAGAGAAAUGAACAUUAAAUUAUCUGGCAAUAGCUGUGGUGGACAUUCCUGCAGUCAACAUGCCAAUUGCAUGCUCCCUCAACUUGAGACAUCUGUGGCAUUGUGUUGCAUGACACAACUGUACAUUUUAGAGUGGCCUUUUAUUGUGCCCAGCACAAGGUGCACCUGUGUAAUGAUCAUGCUGUUUAAUCAGCUUCUGGAUAUGCCACACCUGUCAGGUGGAUGGAUUAUCUUGGCAAAGGAGAAAUGCUUACAAACAGGGAUGUAAACAGAUUUGUCCACAAAAUUGGUGUGAAAUAAGCUUUUUGUGCGUAUGGAAAAUUUCUGGAAUCUUUUAUUUCAGCUCAUGAAACAUGGGACCAACACUUUGCAUGUUGCGUUUUUAUAUUUUUGUUCAGUAUAGUUAACGCUUCCUUUCUUUGGUUAGAGGACACAUUUGCACACGCUGUGGGCUGGUUUCCCAGUCCUAGACACAGAUUAAGCCUAGCCUUGGACUAAGAAGCACUUUAAAUGAACCCCUUAUCAGGAGAUAUGUUUCUGGGAAACCAGCCCGGAGUGUGCUAGCUAACUACCUAUAGUGUUGGUAAGGUAGAGGGAGUCGGGGUGAGAGACAAGUCCUCACUGUCGUUUUCUUACCUUCCUCAGGAGGGCCAGGUGUAUUUCUGCGGGGUGGAGUACCGUGAACAGGACUACAUGGUCCAGGACGAGGUGGAGGUGGCCCUGCCCUCUGCGCUGAGACACAUCCAGGAGAGCAUCCGUGUGCUGGAGGAGGUGGAGCUAAUCAACGUGCCCGUGCCCGAGUUCUCAGACAGCGACCCGGCCGAUAUCGUCCACGACUUCAACAGUGUGAGAAGAGAACACUGCUACACACACACACACACACACACACACAGUUUUCCAUCCAACCUUUUUAUGCGAGUAAAGUAAGUCGGAUAAAAAGUCACGACAGGCCGAAAACAGAACAUUUGUCGGUAAACUUUCCAAAUGUCGACAACACUAAAUACGCUAGGCAAGGUGGGAUCCUUUUGUGUCUGUAAAAUGAAUUAUGUGAGAAAUGUCAUUGGAAAUGGUUUUAUGGGCAACUAUUGAUAUAAUAACCAUCAAAUCGAAGUAAACUUGGAGUCACGCGAUGACGUGUGCUCCUCCCACUACGUCAUGGGAAAGAAUGCAGUUUAUCAGGCUACAGAUGAAAUAAGUUAUGAUGAACUUCAGAGUGGUGAACGUGCAAGCUGAUGAGCAUGAUGCUGUCCAAUAAAUAUUGAGGGUCUUAUUCUGGUGACAUGAUCAUCAAUGCUUGGCUGCCGUUGACAAAAUAAAAAAUCUUGCUCUUUUGUCCAUAAUCUCAUCAUGUAGGCUAUACCCCCAUAUGUAUCUGUGAGCUGUUGGCUAGAUAUUUAUACUAUCCCAGGUAUUCCUUAAAGAGGUAGGGUUUCAAGUGUCUCCGGAAGGUGGUCAGUGACUCCGCUGUCCUGGCGUCGUGGGGGAGCUUGUUCCACCAUUGGGGUGCCAGAGCAGCGAAUAGUUUUGACUGGGCUGAGCGGGAACUGUGCUUCCGUAGAGGUAGGGGGGCUAGCAGGCCAGAGAUGGAUGAACGUAGUGCCCUCGUUUGGGUGUAGGAUCAGAGUCUGAAGGUAAGGAGGUGUCGUUCCCCUCACAGCUCCGUAGGCAAGCACCAUGGUUUUGUAGAAGAUGCGAGUUUCAACUGGAAGCCAGUGGAGUGUGCAGAGGAGCGGGGUGACAUGAGAGAACUUGGGAAGGUUGAACACCCGACGGGCUGCAGCGUUCUGAAAAGCUGAAAAGCUGUUAUUAAUUGGAUGUAAACCUGCACGCUGUGGUCUGAUUUGUUUAUAUAUACAGUAUCUAUGCAUUUAUGUCUCAGAGGAAAGUCAUUCCUCCAGCGUAUUAGCCUUCUUAAACUCAUAUUUGUAGAAACCGGUAAGUGUUCAAUACUGUGUUAAUAAAACGUGCUGAAUUGAAGUUGUUGAAUGUAAUAAUGUGUGUUGAGUUCUGAAUGUACAGUACCUCUGGGUGUUUUUGUAGCGUUGGAUCUAAUUCCUUUCCUCCUCCCUCUCCUCCUCCUCAGAGGCUGACAGCCUACCUAGACCUGAGCCUGAACAAGUGCUACGUCAUCCCCCUCAACACCUCCAUCGUCAUGCCUCCCAAGGACUUGCUGGAGCUGCUCAUCAACAUCAAGGUACCUGUAACACACGACUGGAGCUGUUUUAGAUGUAUUUCAGGUGAUCAAAUAAAUUAAAUGUAUCAGUUAUUGGAGGAAAUAAUGUUAAUUAAAUGUGUUUGAUUUGCCCCUAGGCUGGUACCUACCUGCCCCAGUCCUACCUGGUCCAUGAGCAGAUGAUGGUGACCGAGCGUCUGGAGAACGUUGACCAGCUGGGAUACUUCAUCUACAGCCUCUGCAAUGGCAGAGACACCUACAAGCUGGAACGCAGAGAGGCCAUACUGGGUUAGUACUACUGACGCGCACACACACACCAUACUGGGUCAGUACUAGCACACACACCUUUUUAAGUUGUACCCUGAAUAGCCAUGUAUUGACCAUAUAUUUGUAUAUAAGGCAUGCUGAAUAUUAUUUGUGAAAUUCCUUGGGCCCCUUGGUGGACCUGAGAACACACGCACAGCAUUAUACUCUGGCCAAUGAACAGGUGCUAUAGCAGAUGUUUAUACGGGCCUACACACUCAUUUUUAAUACACAUCUUCCUUCAUCUGUACCUUGCAGGCAGGGAAAAGCGUGAAGCCCUGAACUGCAGGACGAUCCGUCAUUUUGAGAACAAGUUUGUGGUCGAGACACUCAUCUGUGAGCCUUAGAAGGGAGAGGAGGGGACUGGCUGCUUCAGACAACCCAUGUAUAGUUUCACUCACUGUCUACAGUGAGAUUUUUAACCCUUCUCUCUCUCCUGUAUCACCCCUCAUAGAUCCGUUACUCUUCUGUACUGCUGGUAGUUUGGAGGGAGAGUUGUCAAAUUAUGUCAAGAUGAUUCCAAGGCAAUACUGUUGUAUAAGGUGUAAAACUAAUGAAUUUUCCACUUUGUGUAAAGUAAGUACCAUUUUCAUUUGGGGGCAACUUCUCUUCAAAGAAUAAGAUCUGUGUUCAGUUUUUCUAUAUUUUGUGGGAAUUGUUUUCUAUCUUUAUUCCUCUGGGGUUUAUUAAUGUUAAAGAAACACAAAGUGUUUAAACAGACACUAAAGUCACAGUUAAUAACUGUGUUAAGGUAUAUAACUAGAUUAAUUAAAUAUAAACUCAAUGAGAAUAUGCAUACUUCAGCAUAGAAAAUGAAUGAUUUUUGUAUCUGCUGUCACCAGUACAGUGCAAUGAAACAAGAGGAAUCUCACACCACAGGUCCGUCUGAAAACGGAGCAUGUGGUAACUAACUUGUGUAUAUAGUCUGUAAAAAUGAAGAUUAAUACCACAAUAAAUCUUAAUCGUUUUA